AUGCCUCCCAAGUUUGAUCCCAAUGAGGUCAAGGUGAUCACCCUCCGAGCCACUGGUGGAGAGGUCGGUGCCUCGUCCGCGCUCGCCCCCAAGAUCGGUCCCCUGGGUCUGUCGCCCAAGAAGGUCGGAGAAGACAUCGCGAAGGCAACUGGCGACUGGAAAGGUCUCCGGGUCACCGUCAAGUUGACCAUCCAAAACCGUCAAGCCGCCGUUUCGGUCGUUCCCAGCGCGUCUACUCUGGUCAUCAAGGCCCUGAAGGAGCCGCCGCGUGACCGCAAGAAGGAGAAGAACAUCAAGCACACCAAGAGCAUCCCUCUCGACGACAUCAUCGAUAUUGCCCGAACGAUGCGGUUCAAGUCUUUCUCCAAGUCCUUGGCUGGCUGUGUGAAGGAGAUUCUGGGAACGUGCUGCAGUGUAGGCUGCCAGGUUGAUGGAAAGAGUCCAAAGAUCGUCACCGAGGAGAUUGACAGCGGCGAGACCCAAAUUCCCGACGAGUAA